UUCUCCUGUACGAGCAUUUUCAAUUCUGUGCAGAGAUGGCAAGUCUGAUGAGUCAGAGCCUGUUGACCUACGUGGAAGAAGGGAAUGUUCCUGCUCUGAAAGCACUGCUUGAGAAGUGCAAGGAUGUGGAUGAGAGAAAUGAGAAUGGCCAGACUCCACUCAUGUUGGCUGCUGAGCAAGGCAACUUAGAAAUUGUCCAAGAGCUUCUCAAGAAAGGAGCCAACUGCAACCUGGAAGAUGCAGACAAUUGGACAGCUCUUAUUUCAGCAUCUAAAGAAGGACAUGCAGAUAUUGUAGCAGAGCUGCUAAAUUAUAAUGUCAAUCUGGAGCAUCGGGAUUUGGGCGGGUGGACGGCUCUGAUGUGGGCAGCCUAUAAAGGCCGUACAGAAGUAGCUGAGCUGCUGCUUGAGAAAGGAGCAAAUCCCAACAUCACGGGAUUGCAAUACAGUGUUUAUCCAAUUAUCUGGGCUGCAGGACGAGGCCACUCAGAUAUAGUGCAUCUCUUGCUACAACAUGGAGCUAAAGUGAACUGCUCCGACAAGUAUGGAACCACCCCUCUGGUUUGGGCAGCAAGGAAAGGUCAUUUGGAGUGUGUGAAGUACCUGCUGCAAAUGGGAGCUGAUGUUGAUCAGGAAGGAGCUAAUUCGAUGACUGCACUUAUUGUAGCAGUGAAGGGUGGCUAUACUGACUGCGUUAAAGAAAUACUAAAAAGGAACCCAAAUGUAAAUUUAACAGACAAAGAUGGGAAUACAGCUUUGAUGAUUGCCUCAAAGGAGGGCCAUACUGAAAUUGUGCAGGAUCUUCUCGAUGCUGGAACUUACGUGAACAUUCCUGACAGAAGUGGAGACACGGUGCUGAUCGGAGCUGUGAGAGGAGGCCAUGUGGAAAUCGUGAGGGCCCUGCUCCAUAAAUACGCCGAUAUAGAUAUCAGAGGCCAGGAUAAUAAGACUGCUUUGUAUUGGGCAGUUGAGAAAGGAAAUGCCACAAUGGUGAGGGAUAUCUUGCAAUGCAACCCUGAUACUGAAACAUGUACAAAGGAUGGAGAAACACCACUUAUAAAGGCAACCAAGAUGAGAAAUAUUGAGAUAGUAGAGCUCCUUCUGGACAAAGGAGCUAAGGUUUCUGCUGUAGACAAGAGAGGAGACACUCCACUUCACAUUGCCAUUCGUGGAAGGAGCCGUAAACUUGCUGAACUCCUCUUAAGAAAUCCAAAAGAUGGUAGAUUACUUUAUAGACCCAACAAAACAGGAGAAACACCUUACAAUAUUGACUGCAGCCACCAGAAAAGUAUUUUAACACAGAUAUUUGGGGCCAGGCACUUGUCUCCCACGGAAUCGGAUGGCGACAUGCUGGGCUAUGAUCUCUACAGCAGUGCCCUGGCUGAUAUUCUCAGCGAACCCACCAUGCAGCCGCCUAUUUGUGUGGGGUUGUAUGCACAGUGGGGAAGUGGAAAAUCUUUUCUUCUCAAGAAACUGGAAGAUGAAAUGAAAACUUUUGCGGGACAGCAGAUUGAGCCCCUGUUCCAGUUCUCUUGGCUUGUAGUAUUUCUUACACUUCUGCUGUGCGGAGGUUUGGGAUUAUUGCUUGCUUUCACAGUGGAUGCAAAGCUUGGAAUUGCCGUGUCCCUCAGCCUCUUAGCAGUUCUCUAUAUAUUCUUUGCUGUAAUUUAUUUCGGUGGCCGAAGAGAAGGCGAGAGCUGGAACUGGGCCUGGGUGUUAAGCGCCCGGCUGGCGAGACAUAUCGGGUAUUUGGAGUUGCUUCUCAAACUCAUGUUUGUGAACCCACCAGAACUACCAGAACAAACCACCAAAGCUUUGCCUGUCAGAUUUCUGUUUACUGACUACAACAGACUGUCCAGUGUGGGUGGAGAAACUUCCCUGGCCGAGAUGAUUGCCACCCUCUCCGACGCGUGUGAAAGGGAAUUUGGUUUCUUGGCAACAAGGCUGUUUCGAGUUUUCAAGACUGAAGAUACCCAAGGCAAAAAGAAGUGGAAGAAAACUUGCUGCCUCCCGUCCUUUGUGAUUUUCCUGUUCAUAUUGUCCUGCAUUGUUUCUGGCAUUGCUUUGCUGGCCAUCUUUAACGUAGAACCAACAAACAUGACAGUGAAUGCGAUCCUCAUAUCAGUUGCGUGCGUUGUUGGCUUGGCCUUCGUCUUGAACUGUCGCACCUGGUGGCAAGUGAUGGAUUCGGUUUUAAAUUCUCAAAGAAAACGGCUUCAUCAUGCUGCCUCCAAGCUCCACAAGCUCAAAAGCGAGGGCUUCAUGAAGGUACUGAAAUGUGAAGUGGAAUUGAUGGCCAAAAUGGCAAAAACCAUCGACAGCUUCACUCAGAAUCAGACAAGACUUGUUGUAAUUAUUGAUGGAUUGGAUGCUUGUGAGCAGGACAAAGUUUUACAGAUGCUUGAUACGGUGAGAGUCUUGUUUUCCAAGGGCCCAUUUAUUGCUAUUUUUGCAAGUGACCCGCACAUCAUUAUAAAGGCUAUUAACCAAAAUCUUAAUAGUGUCCUUCGUGAUUCGAACAUCAAUGGACAUGAUUACAUGCGAAAUAUAGUCCAUUUGCCUGUGUUUCUGAACAGCCGUGGGCUGAGUAAUGCAAAAAAGCUGAUGGUAGCUUCAACCACCAAUGGGGAUAUUCCCUAUACAGAGAAUGCAGGAUUGCAUGAAGAAGUUGACAGAAGAGUUUCUCAGAACAGUCUUGGAGAGAUGACCAAGCUUGGUAGCAAAACUGCUCUUAAUAGACGGGAUACUUACAGAAGACGACAGAUGCAACGUACCAUCACUCGCCAAAUGUCUUUUGAUUUGACCAAGCUUUUGGUUACAGAGGAUUGGUUCAGUGAUAUCAGUCCUCAGACCAUGAGAAGAUUACUUAAUAUUGUGUCUGUGACAGGUCGUUUAUUGAGAGCUAAUCAGAUCACGUUCAACUGGGAUAGACUGGCUAGCUGGAUCAAUCUCACAGAGCAGUGGCCUUACCGAACAUCGUGGCUCAUACUGCAUCUUGAAGAGACUGAGGGUGUUCCAGAUCAGCUGACUUUAAAAACCAUCUAUGAGAGAAUUUCAAAGAAUAUUCCUACAACAAAAGACGUUGAACCUCUACUCGAAAUUGAUGGAGACAUACGGAACUUUGAGGUUUUCUUAUCUUCACGAACGCCUGUUCUUGUAGCACGUGAUGUAAAAACCUUUUUGCCAUGUACUGUAAAUUUGGAUCCAAAGCUACGAGAAAUCAUUGCAGAUGUUCGUGCAGCAAGGGAUCAAAUGAAUAUUGGAGGACUACCUUAUCCCACGCUGCCUCUCCAUGAGGCCCCUGCUAGAGCAACGUCUCUGUUCAGUCAGCCUUCUUCAGCUUGCUCUUCCACAGCCUCUUUUAAUGGACCUUUCAAUAACGGGGUUUUAUCACCACAACCUCAUAGCAGUUACUAUAGUGGUAUGACAGGACCUCAGCAUCCAUUCUACAAUCGGCCAUUCUUUGCCCCAUACCUUUACAUGCCAAGGUAUUACCCUGGCAGUUCUCAUCUCAUCUCACGUCCACCACUAAAAACGAGUUUGUCCAGGGAUCAGAACAAUGGCCUAGAUGUUAUCAAGGAGGAUGCUGAUGAGGGUCUUUCUUCACCCACAGACCCCUCGAUGGGAGCAGGAGCAGGCCCAGGGUCGACCACAGGAGCGUCCCACGUGCCUCUGAGCACAAUGAGCGUGGAAACCGUGUGCGAGAAGCUCAAGCAAAUAGAUGGCCUGGACCAGACCAUGCUCCCCCAGUACUCUGCAACUAUAAGAAAGGCAAAUAUAAAUGGCCGUGUCUUGGCUCAGUGCAACACUGACGAACUGAAGAAGGAAAUGAAUAUGAAUUUUGGUGAUUGGCACCUGUUCAGGAGCAUGAUCCUGGAAAUGAGGAGCUCGGAAAGCCAGGGCGCCCAGGAGGAGGCGCGCGGCGCGGCGGAGCUCGGCGCCGCGGCCCUGGCGCACGGCGAGCUGCCGCGCCGCGCCGGCCACGGCGCCGAGCUGCCGCACACGGAGCUCACGGCGCUGGCCGCCCAGGCCCCCUACACGCUCAACUUCAGCUUCGAGGAGCUCAACACCAUCGGCCUCGACGAAGCUCCUCCGCGCCACAGUAACUUAAGUUGGCAGUCACAGACUCGCAGAACUCCAAGUCUUUCAAGUCUUAACUCCCAAGAUUCUAGUAUUGAAAUAUCAAAGCUCACUGAUAAGGUGCAGGCUGAGUAUAGAGAUGCGUAUAGAGAAUAUAUUGCUCAAAUGUCACAGUUAGAAGGGGGUGCUAAUUCCACUACAGUAAGUGGCAGGUCCUCCCCUCACAGCUCCUCUGCCUUCUAUAUGGGGCAGAGCACGUCAGGGGGGUCCCUGCAUUCAAGUGCAGAACAAGAAAAAGGAAAAGACGGUGAACAGAAACCAGAUGAUGGAAGAAAGUCCUUCCUGCUGAAGAGGAAUGAUGUUGUUGAUUACAGCACGUCAGGAGUUUCUACUAAUGAUGCUUCUCCUUUGGAUCCUAUUACUGAAGAGGAUGAAAAAUCUGAUCAGUCUGGUUCCAAGCUUCUCCCAGGAAAGAAGUCCUCAGAAAGAACAAGCAUUUUCCAGGCUGCAGAUAUAAAGCUUAAGGGAGUUACGCUCCGCUACCAGAAGCUUCCAAGUGAUGAAGAUGAAUCCGGAACUGAAGAAUCGGAUAAUACUCCACUUCUUAAGGAAGGUAAAGAUAAGAAAGCAGAUGGCAAAAUAGAUAAGCAGCCCAAAUCCCCAGAACAUGGACCCGAACCGAUCAGAACAUUCAUCAAGGCAAAGGAGUAUUUGACGGAUGCCCUUUUGGAUAAAAAAGAUUCCUCUGACUCCGGCGUAAGAUCCAAUGAAAGUUCUCCAAACCAUUCCCUCCAUAACGAAGGAGCAGAUGAUUCCCAGCUAGAAAAGGCAAAUCUCAUUGAGCUUGAAGAUGACAGUCACAGUGGAAAGCGAGGAAUCCCGCACAGCCUUAGUGGCCUUCAGGAUCCAGCUGUGGUUCGCAUGUCUAUUUGUUCAGAAGAUAAGAAGAGCCCCUCUGAAAGCAGCUUGAUAGCGAGCAGCCCAGAAGAGAACUGGCCUGCGUGCCAGAAAGUCUAUAACUUAAACAGAACCCCUAGCACGGUAACACUAAAUAACAACAGCGCUCCAACCAACAGGGCCAAUCAAAAUUUUGAAGAAACAGAAGGUAUCCGAGAUUCUUCUCAAAUAAUCCUGCGCCCUGGCUCAAGUUCUGGUUCAAGCACGGUCCAGAACGAGAACCUGAAGAGCGCGGCGCACAAGCGGAGCCAGCGCUCCAGCUAUGCCAGGCUUUCCAAAGACUCGUCUGAGCUCCACACGGUGGCUGCCUCCGACGGGGCCGGCUUCGGAGAAGAGAGAGAGAGUAUCCUGUGAAUGGGUGGCAGGUCAAAGCAGGGCACGCCCAGGAGUGGCCGCUUGAUGGGAGUUAUUUGGCAGUGUGAGGCUGUGUCAGCUGUGUAGUUUAAACUUUCAAUUCAGUAAUUAACAGACCUAGGUUAUUCUCAGUCGUUUUCUUGGAAAGAAGAAAUGAAUUUUGCAAGAUGCCGAAGUGCUUCAGAUCUUCCUCCUAUUUGUAUUGCCAGUAAAUGUUUCUGCAGUACCUGUCCUUGCGUGGAAGUAUGGUUCUUGGUUAAACUGCAGUGCAGAGGAUUGGUCAGGGGCAGGUGUUACACAAGCAUGGCUUUCACCAGGAAAAUAACUCUGUGGCUUUACCUUCUUAUUGGGAGAUACAAUAUUUAUUCCUUUCAAAUAUUCCAGUGAAGCCUCCUUCCUUACCAGUAAAGACCAUGCACUUUUUUCCAUGGUGCAAGAGAUGCCAAAUGAUUAAAUAUCUCAACCUGUGAUACCCUUACCAAACUGCACUAAAACGUCAACUAAGUGUGCAGCAUAAUAUUUCGUCUGUUGAAAUUUUAAUCUUAAGAUACCAUUUUGGCAUUUUUAUUCUGCAUGUGUUCAGUAAUUGCUGUUGACUUUGUGAGCUUUGGGUAGAAAGUUGCUAGGUCUAUAGGGAGGACUGUCUUGAUGUAUCAUUAGAAUUGGCAGUUAUUUAUAAGGGAAUGCCUCAUCAUUGAUUUAGUGAAUGCAUUAUUUAUUAUAGGUACCCAGUUCCACAAUCAGUGCUCUAAAUAGAUGCAACCACUUGAGCUAUAUUAAAAUAUUGUGAGGUUAAUGUGUGAGUGUGACAUCUGAACUUAAUGGAAUAUCUGUUGCAUGAUCUUUCCCUGGUACAAUGCUUAUUGUGUGGUUAUGGAAAGAAAAAUUGGUUGUUGGCUGUUUUAAAAACAAUAUGUGAUGCUGGAGCUAGAACUAUAUGCCUGCUUCUUUAUUUCAGGAGUAUAGUAUUCCAGCAUUUUUAUUUGUCACCCAAGUAAUGCAUCUGAAUGUUACUGUCGUGAAUACUUUGUA